ACCUCGGAACUCUUUGACGACCUAUUCGUCUGUUUAAUGGCGAUCUUCUAACUGUUUAUUACUUCUAUGAAGGACAUGAAACUUCAAUGCAGACCUUUAAGGAUUGCUUUUGCAUCCUUUUUUGCCGAUUAAACUUUCAAGUUUACUUUUUUUGUGUGCAGAAAGUGGACGUCUCCGUCGUGGAGAACUUGUGGAUUAAAGCGGCGUUUUAACGUGGAGCUGAGCUAUGGGUUUUUAAACUAUCUUAUCUUUUCUUUAGGGGCCAAUUGCUUGGCUUUUCAUGUAAGGAGACGAGGCUGCACUUUUGUGUGCCUUCCACAAUCCCUGCCUUGCUGGAGAAUCAUUCCUUUGUUUCCUCCACUGAUCGAUGAUGAUGUCAAAGCAAGAACCCGCCUGGACUCAAAUCCGGAUCACUUCGAUCUUUGUGAUGAUUAUGGUCCUUGGAAGCUACGCAGGAGAUGUCCCCUCGGAGGAGGGCUUCAAUGCAGAGGCAUGGCUACGUCAGUUUGGCUACCUGUCUCAGGCCAGCAGACAGAUGUCCACCAUGCAGUCCGCUCAGAUCCUGUCCCAAGCCGUCAGUGACAUGCAGCGUUUCUACGGCUUGGAAGUGACUGGGAAAACGGACGCUGCCACCAUCGGAGCCAUGCGUCGACCUCGCUGUGGCCUCCCUGACAAAAAAGCCGACGCUGAAGAUGGAGCGAGGAGGAGACGCUACGCCCUUACUGGACAACGGUGGGACAAGGACCACCUCACCUACAGCAUAUUGGAGCAGCACAUCCCGCCCACACUGGGAACAGGGCGGAUGCACGAUGCCAUCCGUCGAGCCUUUGACGUGUGGAGAAAGGUCACGCCGCUCACCUUCCAAAAGUUAACGGCUCCACAAGGCAACAGCAGCGGGGCUGAGCUCGCCGACAUCCUGCUGUUGUUUGCCUCUGGUUUCCAUGGUGACAUGUCCUUGUUUGACGGCGAGGGGGGCGCGCUGGCCCACGCCUUCUACCCUGGGCCGGGAAUGGGUGGGGACACACACUUUGAUGCAGACGAACCUUGGACUUUGGACAGUCCAAACAUUCAAGGUGUUGAUCUCUUCUUGGUGGCGGUGCACGAGCUCGGUCACGCUUUAGGCCUGGAGCACUCCGACAAUCCCGACGCCGUCAUGGCUCCCAUCUAUCAGUGGAUUCACACACACAACUUCACGCUGCAUGCUGAUGACAUCCAGGGAAUACAGUACAUAUAUGGUCCUCCUCUCGCCACUCAGGCCCCUCCCAAGUCUCCUCCGUCCUCCGAUGGCUAUCCUGAAGCUGAAUCAACCACCGCUCCUCCCGAGGAUGCCAAACCUGACAUACCGAACCCGACCGAAAGAGCCCCGCGUGUCCCGAGCGAGCCUGAAAUAACCCCUGGCACAACUCCCCGCCAUCCCGCCAUCGCCACAACCGCCCGUCCUGAUCCUGUCACCCCGCCCAUCAGAAAAGACGUUCCCCUGCCUCCGCCUACCCGGCGGCUUCCCAAGCAGCCUGACAACGCGGCCCCUGACAUCUGUGACGGCGACUUUGACACAGUCACCUUGCUGAGGGGGGAGAUGUUUGUGUUCAAGGGUCGCUGGUUUUGGCGAGUUCGUCGGAACCGCGUCCUGGACAACUAUCCCAUGCCGAUAUCGGUCUUCUGGGGUGGUCUUCCGAGUGAUAUCGACGCCGCUUAUGAACGCCACGAUGGCAAAUUUGUCUUCUUCAAAGAUGAUCGAUACUGGAUCUUCAGGGAAGCGGAUUUACUUCCAGGAUACCCACAACCCAUUGGGCAAUAUGGCCAAGGAGUUCCCGCACACAGCAUCGACACGGCAAUCUGGUGGGAGCCAAACGGACACACCUACUUUUUCUCCGACGACAGGUACUGGCGAUACAACGAGGAGACCCGCAAGGCAGAUCGAGACUUCCCAAAACCAAUCGGCAGAUGGGGCAAGAUCCCUCGCUCGCCCAAAGGAGCCUUCCUCAGUGAUGAUGGCGCUUACACUUAUUUCUACAAAGGCGCAAAUUACUGGCGGUUCGACAACCACAAGACCGCGGCAGACAGCGGCUACCCCCGUUCCAUCCUUAAGGACUUCAUGGGCUGCGUGGCCGUCCCCGAGCCUCAACCAGACCCCGAGGCCGAAGACAAGCCCACCGAACCUUCGGACGGAGGAAAGGAUGAGAAGAAAGACACGGACAAAGGCAAGAACGAAGACACGGAAAACGACGACGAAGCAAAGUCCGACAGUCCGGGGGAAGAGGCUGACGACAACGAGGUGGACGUGGUGGUGACGGUGGCCGACGACAACUCCAAAGUCAUGACUCUGAUCAUGGUGGUGGCUCCUCUGGUGCUCAUCUUGGUCAUCCUCGUCUUCAUCUACGCCAUCCUCAGGACUCUGCAGAACAAAGAGACCCCCAGAGCUCUGGUGCACUGCAAGCGCUCGCUGCAGAACUGGGUGUGACACGAACACAAACCAAGAGAGCUUUUUUUCUUAUUCCAGCAUGGCGUGAAGAUGGUUGUAGCCAUGCGACCUACCAAGUGGUUACUACGGUGCCUCUGGAGUCCUUUUUCUAGAACUGCACUAGUGGCACAAUAGAAAUGGAAGGCUUGAAUCAUAGAAAAUGGGGGACAGCUGUGUUAAACACUUGCAUCAGCAACACAUUUGCACUUUUUUUUUUUUUUUUUUACCCUCUCUGUUGUUGUUGUGCUGGCAGAUGUGACUUAGAGUGCUCUCACGCACGCGAGCCGGGGUCAUCCUCCGAGCACACAUGGCCCAGCAUCACAUGAUACCACGAAGAGACCACUUACCCAAACAAAGGCACAUACCAGUUGUUUUUCUUUUUGCACAGACCUCCCCUCUUCCCACUGAGAUCUUUCCUUUAGGCUCCACCCCUAAAAGUACAAUCCCCGCAGUCAUAAUGUUGCACAGUAGAUCCCUGCUAUUUGUGGGGGUUACCUUCCAAGACCACCCACAAAAAAACACGGAAUAAUGGACACACCCAUAAAAAGCACUAAAAAGUACUGUUGUUGGUACUCUCAACCAUAACAGUUUUGAAUGUAUUUUAUAUUCGGUUUUACACAUUUAAAAACCCCAACAGUGUUGUUAGAAAACACAACAAAACAUCUUCCAGCUGGAAAAUGUUGAGCAAAUUGACCUGGGGGAUAGCGCCCUCUGCUGAGUUCAUAGCUGCAGCACUAACUUUACCGUGCAGGUAGCGCCAUCAAGCCACUUUCUGUUUAGGCCAGGGGUCGGCAACCCAAAAUGUCGAAGAAGCCAUAUUGGACCAAAAAUACAAAAACAAAUCUGUCUGGAGCCACAAAAAAUUAAAAGCCAUAUUACAUACAGAUAGUGUGUCAUGAGAUAUAAAUUAAAUUAAGAGGACUUAAAGGAAACUAAAUGACCUCAAAUAUAGCUACAAAUGAGGCAUAAUGAUGCAAUAUGUAAAGAGAUGUCCGAUAAUAUCGGCCUGCCGAUAUUAUCGGCCGAUAAAUGCUUUAAAAUGUAAUAUCGGAAAUUAUCGGUAUCGGUUUUUUUUUUUUAUCUGUAUCUUAUUUUUAUUUUAUUAUAUUUUUUUUAAAUUAAAUCAACAUAAAAAACACAAGAUACACUUACAAUUAGUGCACCAACCCAAAAAAAACUCCCUCCCCCAUUUACACUCAUUCACACAAAAGGGUUGUUUCUUUCUGUUAUUAAUAUUCUGGUUCCUACAUUAUAUAUCAAUAUAUAUCAAUACAGUCUGCAAGGGAUACAGUCCGUAAGCACACGAUUGUGCGUGCUGCUGGUCCACUAAUAGUACUAACCUUUAACAGUUAAUUUUACCCAUUUUCGUUAAUUACUAGUUUCUAUGUAACUGUUUUUAUAUUGUUUUACUUUCUUUUUUUAUUCAAGAAAAUGUUUUUAAUUUAUUUAUCUUAUUUUUUUUUUUUUUUUUUUUUAAAAGGACCUUAUCUUCACCAUACCUGGUUGUCCAAAUUAGGCAUAAUAAUGUGUUAAUUCCACGACUGUAUAUAUCGGUAUCGGUAAUUAAAGAGUUGGACAAUAUCAGAAUAUCGGAUAUCGGCAAAAAGCCAUUAUCGGACAUCCCUAAAUAUAUACAUAUAGCUAGCCUAAAUAGCAUGUUAGCAUCGAUUAGCUUGCAGUCAUGCAGUGACCAAAUAUGUCUGAUUAGCACUCCACACAAGUCAAUAACAUCAACAAAACUCACCUUUGUGCAUUCAUGCACAACCUUAAAAGUUUGGUGGACAAAAUGAGACAGAAAAAGAAGUGGCAUAAACCACGUCCUAGAAGGUCGGAGAAAGUUAUGCAUGUAAACAAACUAUGGUGAGUUCAAGGACCGCCAAAAUUAGUAGGACAAAACGGCGCUCGGCAAAUACUCGAAUCAGUGAAGCAUGUUUAAUAUGAACAGUGUGCUUUAUAACAAUUAGGGAGGUUUGUGUCAUGUUUGUCCUCCUACAGAAACCAUAUUAAAACAAAAAAUAUAUUUUCCCCCUCAUCUUUUUCCAUUUUUCAUACAUUUUUGAAAAAGCUCCAGAGAGCCACUAGGCCGGCGCUAAAGAGCCGCAUGCGGCUCUAGAGCCGCGGGUUGCCGACCCCUGGUUCAGGUUAACAAAAGAAUUGUUGGUACAGUCGUCCCUAGUUUAUCACUGUUAAACAGUUCCUGACAUGACCGCUAUAAAUGUGGAAUCAUUGAUUAUAAAUCUAAUAUUUUCAUAGCAAGAGCAUUAAAAAAACUGUUUAUGACUUUCUAAAUAGGUUUUUCAACAAUAUGAAAACCCUCGAGAUAUGAAAAGACACCCUUUAGUCACCUUUACACUCUUUUAAUUCAACAUGGUCAUGCUGCCUGAGGCUGAGCCAAUCGGUGGCCACGAUACUGAACAGCCAUUUUGUUCAAACAAGUAUUCCUCUCUGAUUGGUUUGGUCUCCUCUAGUGGCCAGUACUACUGUAUUUUUGUUUAUUUAGCCAUUUGAAUGCUUAAUUUAGGCCCAAAAUGUUGUGGAAUAUGCUUUAAAAAUGAUAAAACCUCCAGUAAUAUGGGAAAGCCGCAAUGUUUGAAGCGUGAUGUGGCGAGGGAUGACUCUAUUUCCUAUUAAAAGGUUUCUACGACAACCAAAUUGUACUAAACAACAAGCAAUCUUUUCCAUAAAAAAAGUAAAUGCAUUCCAGACACCCAAAGAUAUGAGCACAAAACACAUUUUGUAGAGACCAACUGUAGUUGUAUGCAGACAAUGUGAAAUACAUAUAAUUCAACAUUUAACAUCACUUUUAUUUUUAUUGAAGACUUGUAGGAGAUGACAUUAAUGAGUGGAGGAAGGGGAACGCUUUGUAUAUCUUUGUAUAUCUGUCUUGAAUUCAAUAGUGUUUCUCACCUCCUUUAUCAAAGUGCUGGCACUCGCAACUUUCUUUGGCCCCAUGUCCCUCAGAGGUUCUUGACCUGAUAUUUUGGCAUACAAACUAGUUUAUUAUGCUCAAUGUUUGGCCGUUGGAGUAACAGACGGUAUAGAAAAACUGGGACAAAGUAGUGACAAGUUAAAUCAGAGAAAAUAAAUUUGUACGGAUGAGAGGGGAUCGACUAAAUAUUUUCACCUUGUAUUGUUGUAUUAUUGUAUGUGUUUCUUCAGUGGGCAAAGCCUGCAGGACAAAAGCAAACAGUCCAGGUCUGCUUUCCAUUAGGCCCACAUGUUGCAGAUUUAGUUGUGUAAGGCUUGCAGAAAGAGGAGGAAAAUGGAGGGAAAAAAAGGAAUGAAAAAAACUGGUAGGAUGAGGAGGAAAGGAGAGAAUGAGAUGAAGGAAGAAAGAAAAAGAGUUGGAAGGUGAAGCAAAAGGAUUCCGGUUGUUAUUUCUGUGGAAAAAGAGGCGUAGAGGAAAGAAGAAAAGAAAAAGGGAGGAGCAGCGCUGGCGUUGAGCCUCUUGACCUAAAUCAUUCAAAUCUCCACAAUGUUUGUCUUUAGCAGGAGAUGACUUCCUCUCUGACCUCCUUCUUCACUUUGCCUUUUCCGCAUAUUCUCAUCACUUCUCUGCCUUUUGUCUCAACUAAAUAUCUGUUUUAAUCUGGGUUUACCUUCCUUGCGCUUCAUGCAUUUGUUGUUUUUCUCUGAAUGUGAGCGUGUUGUGUAUUUGCCAAUAAAAGUCUGAGGUCUUGA